AUGAGUGCGCCUCGCCUCGCCUCCAGUUCGAUAGCUCGUCUGGCACCGCGUGCUCGCCAAGUCGGCGGCCGACGCCUCGUCACCCCCGCCCUUGCACGCCGCUGGUCAUCCAACGCUCGCAAGGCCUCCGCGGCUGUCGACACGACGUCAGCUCUGCGCGGCCAGGGCUCUUCUCCUCGCUCCAUCUCGAGCUCCGCAUCCUCUGGCUCAGCUGCCAAGAGCGGCAAGACCAAGGCAACAACCCCCGUCGAACGUUACGAAGAGCUCGUUCAGUCCGGCGUCCUUCGAAGUGACGACCACCAGCGAGGCAUCAUCAAGGUGCUUCAAUCUCUGCAUGAUCAGCUCCGCACCUACAAACAGCCCGACGUGCCGGAUCCCGAAGCGCAUUUGCAAGCUUCCAAAGGCUUCCUCUCCUGGCUUCCUUUCGGCACCAAGUCCAACACCCAGGAGAUCCCUCCCAUCUCGCCAGACAUUCCCAAGGGCCUCUACCUGUACGGAGACGUCGGCACCGGAAAGAGCAUGCUCAUGGACCUCUUCUACGACACGCUCCCGUCCAACAUCACCGCCAAGCGCCGCAUCCACUUUCACCAAUUCAUGAUCGAGGCACACAAGCGCGCGCAUUUUUACAAGUCCAAAACGCACAAGCCGUCCGGCAUUGUCAUGAUGAUGUCCUCCGCCGCCUCGUCCGCCGCUUCUUCUUCUUCUUCAUCGGCGUCUGCUUCCUCAGCAAGCGCGGGCGAGGAGAGCGACGCGAUUGAGGCCGUGGCGCGCGAAAUGGCGCGCAACCAUUCGGUGCUGUGCUUUGACGAGUUCCAGGUGACCGACAUUGCAGACGCCAUGAUCCUGCGCGGCUUGCUCGAGCGCAUGCUCGCCUACGGUGUCGUCAUGGUCAUGACGAGCAACCGCCAUCCGGACGAGCUCUACAAGAACGGCAUCCAGCGUCAGAGCUUCCUCCCCUGCAUCGAUCUGCUCAAGUCGCAGUUCCGCGUGACCGACCUCAACUCGGGCACCGACUACCGAAAAGUGCCCCGCGCGCUCUCCAAGGUCUACUUUGACCCGCUCGACGAUGCCAAUACCCGCGAAUUCGACAAGCUCUUCGAUGCCGCCACCUCGGACCCGCACGACCCCGUCGUCGAGAACCGUGCGCUCAAGAUCUGGGGACGAACGCUCCACGUCCCGCAAUCGUCGCAAAAGGUGGCGCGAUUCACGUUUGACGAGCUCUGCGGCCGCCCGAGGUCGGCGGCGGACUACAUCGAGAUCUGCAACAACUUUGGCACCAUCUUUGUCGACGCUGUGCCCAAGAUGGGCCUCAACCAGCGCGACCUCGCACGCCGCUUCAUCACCUUUAUCGACGCCGCCUACGAGAGCAAGACCAAGCUGCUCGCGUCGAGCGAGGUGCCCAUCCUGCAGAUCUUUUCGGGCGACGCAGGCAAGGCCAAACCCACCGCCGACCAGAUGCGUGCCCUCAUGGAUGAUCUUGGUCUCACCAUGGACGACAUUGGAGGCUCUCCCAUCUUCACCGGCGACGAGGAACUGUUCGCCUUUGCACGUGUCGUCUCGCGUCUCACCGAGAUGGGCACCCGUCAGUACGCCGAAACCGCCAGCAUCACCUCCGAAGCACCUCCCGAGUACUAG